AUGCGUUUCUUCACCUUCGUAAUCACCGCCUUCGCAACCAGCGCCCUCGCUGCCCCGGCCGCCAUCAACCCCGACUGGAUGGGGGGUAUUCUCAACAUCUUCAACAGACCCCACGGCAAAGUCAGCGCUGAAGCGAGUGCUAGCCCCAGUGCCAGCGCUGCCAGUUCCAGUGUCGCUUUGACUCCUACUCCGAGUCCCACCGUUGGCACCAUUGUCCCGCUGCUGCGUGCAGGGGAAUCAUCGCUAUUGUAG